AUGGCCUGUGGGACUUCAUGUAAACGCCCAGGAACAGAAGUGUUUGCUGGUGGUGUAGAUGCAUGCUGUGCUUUGGAAGAGUGGUGGUUUUUAUUGAGUUGCCGGCGUGGAGGUGCAGAUGCCCUAUUUCCCGGCGCCUUCGCCAAGCGAUGGUGUCACGGAGCUCAGGAGGGAGAUGACAUGCAAAAGGGGAAAGCGGUGGGGAGUGGAGAAGGGCGGAAGCGAUGGCAGAGUCUGUCUUUGCGCAACUACCGGGCAGCUUUGUACGUGGUGCUUUGUGAAAUCCUUGCGACACCCCUGAGAGUGGUAACCAUUUUUCUCCCACUUUUAACAGUGCAGGGUGAAGAUUUUGGUGAACAGAAGGAUAUUUCACAAAUCAAUUUAGCUGUAGGUUUGGACCUCUUUCAAGGGGACAUCCUUCUGCAGAAAUCAAGAAAUGGCCUGAGGAACCCGACUGCCAGGUGGACGUUCCCCAUCCCGUACAUCCUGGCAGACAAUCUGGAGCUCAAUGCCAAAGGAGCCAUCCUCUCUGCCUUUGAAAUGUUCCGCCUCAAGUCCUGCGUGGAUUUCAAGCCCUAUGAAGGAGAGAGCUCGUACAUCAUCUUUCAGCAGUUUUCUGGGUGCUGGUCUAUGGUUGGCAACCAACACGUGGGACAGAACCUCUCCAUUGGCGCAGGGUGCGACUAUAAAGCCAUCAUCGAGCACGAGAUCCUGCAUGCUCUGGGGUUUUACCAUGAGCAGUCGAGGACUGACCGCGAUGACUAUGUGACCAUCUGGUGGGAUGAGAUUAUCCCAGGUUAUGAACACAACUUCAACAUUUACAGUGACAGCCUCGUCACAGACCUCAAUACGCCUUACGAUUAUGAAUCUCUGAUGCACUACAUACCUCUCUCAUUUAACCAGAACGAGGGUGUCCCCACCAUCACAACCAAGAUCCCCGAGUUCAACUCCAUCAUCGGGCAGCGCCUGGACUUCAGCGCCAUCGACUUAGAGAGGCUGAACAGGAUGUACAACUGCACCACGACUCACACCCUUUUGGAUCACUGUACUUUUGAGAAGGCAAACAUCUGUGGGAUGAUCCAGGGCACCAGAGACGACGCAGACUGGGUCCACGAGGACAGUGCACAGGCCGGACAAGGGGACCACACUUUGGGAGGCCGGUGCACAGGUGCCGGCUACUCCAUGCACUUCGACACGGGCACGGGAGCUGUGGAAGAGGCGGCCCUGCUGGAGUCUCGGAUUCUCUAUCCAAAGAGGAAGCAGCAGUGCCUGCAGUUUUUUUAUAAAAUGACAGGGAGCCCCUUGGAUCGACUGGUCGUUUGGGUCAGAAGGGAUGAUGGCACCGGCAAAGUCCGCAAGCUGGUCAAGGUGCAGACCAUCCAAGGGGAUUCUGACCACAACUGGAAAAUUGCCCACGUGAUGCUCCAAGAGGAAAAGAAGUUUCGCUACCUAUUCCAGGGCACGAAAGGCGACCCUCAGAACUCGGCUGGGGGCAUUUCCCUGGAUGACGUCACCCUGGCGGAGACGCCUUGCCCGGCGGGGGUGUGGACAGUGCGGAACAUCUCGCAGGUCCUCCAGAGCACCACGAAAGGGGACAAGCUCCUGAGCCCUAGAUUCUACAACUCUGAGGGAUAUGGUUUUGGGGUGACCUUGUACCCCCACGGCAGAGCCACCUCCAGUGCCUCUGGCUCCUUGAGUGUGGCGUUUCACCUGUGCAGCGGGGAAAACGAUGCUAUCCUGGAGUGGCCGGUGCAGAACAGGCAGGCGAUCGUGACGAUACUUGACCAGGAGACGGAUGUCAAGAGCAGGAUGUCCUUGAGCAUGAUGCUCACCACCUCCCUGUCCCACACGUCUUCAGCAAUCAAUGGCUCCGUCAUCUGGGACAGGCCGUCCCUGGUGGGCUCCUACGACAAGGACUGCGACUGCUUCAGGGGCAUUGACGUGGGCAGGAGCAACUCCCUCUCCCACCAGAUGCUGAGAAGGAGGAGUUUCCUCAGAAACGAUGACCUCAUUGUUUUUGUGGAUUUUGAAGACCUCACCCACCUGAACCAAACAGAAGUCCCAGUUCGCACUGCAGACAGGAGGCUGAUCUCUGCAGGCCUUGUGCUCCACGGACAGGAGCAGCAGGCUUCAGGAAGAGCUUCUCAAAAGGCUGUGUUGGACGAAGCUCCACCAGGCAGCCUGGGUGGACGACAGAAGCGGUCCGUGGAGAACACAGGCCCCAUGGAGGACCACAACUGGCCACAGUACUUCAGAGACCCGUGUGACCCGAACCCGUGUCAGAACCAGGGUGUGUGUGUGAACGUGAAGGGAAUGGCGAGCUGCAGGUGCGCCUCUGGACAUGCCUUCUUCUACACGGGUGAGCGCUGUCAGGCCAUGCAGGUGCACAGCAGCACCCUGGGCCUGAUGGUCGGAGGCAUGGCCGGUGUGGUCAUCCUGACCUUUGCCAUCUUCUCCAUAAUUCUUCAAAGCCCAAGGCCGUGACCCUCCAUGGAUGUUGCGAGGCUGCAGAGGCGCCUCUUCCAUUCUGACCUUCCCUCCCCUGUGGUCAGCCAUCUGGACACUUUCCAGUGGGCUUGUUUUGAAUUGGCCUCCAGGGACCAUAACCUGGCCUCAUGUGUGACUCUUCAUUUUUCUGUCCUCACAUGGUCCUGUUGCCAUGCUGUGGGCUCCUAACACACUUGGGAUGUCUUGUGCAUCCUCAUCUGCUAUAGCUGUAGCUCCAGCAGGAGGGACCUGGAAUCCUCAUUACCCUGCCACCCUGUGCCCAGAAUGUGCCCGGUGGGCACUCAGUAGAUGGUGAAUGGAUGAACCAAUAAAUGAAUGAAUAACCAAGAUAAAGAAACUCUCCUAUUUCUG